UAUACAAGGUUAACACACUGGCUCAGAACUAUAAAACGCUGGAGAUUAUUUCAAAUUCUAUCAGUUGAUUUAUCAGCAGUCAUCAAAUCUAAUAAACAUGAACUACUUUGUAAUUGUUGCCAUUUUCUCCUGCUUGGCUUUGGCAAAUGCAGGCGUCAUCGUUCAAGGACCAAGUGCCAAGUCUACGGUUGUAGGUAAUGAUGGCAGUGUUAUUUCUGCUGUAGCCCCUGGAGGACAAAUUAUCGCAGAGGAACAUCCUGGAGUAGUUGCUCACAGUGCUCCAUUAGUUGCUGCUUAUUCUCACCCAGUAGUAACCGCUCAUGCUGCCCCAGUAGUAGCUGCCCACUCUGCUCAUCUUGUCAACCCACACGCUGCCGCAGUAGUAUCUGCCCACUCUGCUCCUGUUGUAGCUGCCCACGUAGCUCCAGUAGUUUCAGCUUACUCACAUUCAGUAGUUGCUGCUCCACUUGUAGCUGCUCAUUCUGCUCCAGUUGUUGCUCAUGGAGUAGUUGCCCAUAGAGAAGUCGAUACAGUAGUAGCUGGACCAUCUGGAACUAUUACUACUAGCAAACUUGUUGCCUCUCCAGUUGUAGUUCCUACCCAUGGAGUAGUUGGUCAUGGAGUUCAUGGACAUUACUAUUAAUUUUAGUUAUGUAAGAUAUUGAAAAAUAAACAAUUGUUUUAGAUUGA